GAGGAAGAGGUGAGGGAGUGCUUUUCCUUUUAUUUCCCCACGAAGAGCUGAUGUUGCCCAGGAAGAGCGAUGGAUGAACUCGCACAGCUCUCCCACUUGCACCCACACCUGGCUCGCCAUGUCUCUUACAGCAGCUUUUAAUGGCAAACAGAUAGCGACUUUCCCGUGGCAAUCCUGCCCGGGUUCCCUCGCUGUUUGUCAAGUUUUGUGUUGGGAAAUCCUUCGUGCUGGGGUGGGGGAAAAAAAGCACAAACUGACCAAGGGUGGGGUGUAUCGUUAGUCACAGUGCUUUCACUGUGGGUUUGUCACUUUCUGGUGCUGUUCCGGGGGCUGGCAGAGCUCACACGAUCGCUCUCAUGGAAUCGGUCGUAGCGCAGCACCAAACAGAACCCAACGAGGAUGUUCUGAUCCUUCUGAUGCUGAGCGGUUAUUUGUAUAUUUUAAAUGCUGCUGCCUUCGAAAGCACGCAGGAUUCAGGCUUUGAAAACAUGACCUGUACGUGGGGUUCUUGGAGGAGGAAAAUGGGCCACUUUUUCCCCGUGGUCUUUGUUUUCUGGGACAGCCGUACGACAGAGGAGAUGUUCUUUGAGGGAGGGUUUUUUUCUUUUUUUAAUGUUGGUUUUUAUUUUUUCUGACUCAGAGCGCUCAGAGGAAACCCAGUUUAGCACCCCCAGCACUGCAGAGAAAUGAAAGCUCUGUUACCUGCUGGCAGUCCGGCUGCUUCGCCUCCGAUACUCCCCAACCAAAUCUGGCUGCCUGCUCUCUCCUCUUGCACUGAUCAUUUCUUUGCAGAUCUGUUUCUGCAGUUCCUGAGCAAAGUUUCCUGUCCUGCAGCACGGCUGCAGGCUGACACCCACCCAGCGGGACCGCAGCACAUCAGCCCAGCUUUUCCCAGCACUUUUUCCCUUUUUGUGCUGCUCUUGGUGCCUGCCAGAGCACUCUGUCAUGCUCUCUGGACUCCUGUUAAAUUAGUAAAACCCAUUCAUGGUUGUUUGGUUGUUUGGUUGUUUGUUAAUUAUUUUUUUGCUCCUGUUCACAGGGGGGUUUCUAACUUAAUGCCAAACAAAGGGGUGAAAAGAGGGCUUGGUUUGUCACUGCAGAGCGACCUGCAGCUGUUGUGCUCAUCCCAUGCACACAUUGUGAUUCCCAGCAGCCAGCAGGUUGUGUGCAUUGCGCAGAGCAUCGGACACUUUGCAGGAGGGGUUAAUUCUGUGCUUGUUGUCUUGUUGCACUUGUUGUAUUGUUACUCCUGCCUGAGUCAGCACACGGCUCACCUGUGCUGUGUGUGUGGGAUAUUUGGGGCUUACAGUGCCCAGAAGGUGAAGGGUGCUGGGGGAUGGAGGUGGAGGGAGGUGAGGACAAUGGCACAGUGAGAACCCUGGGGUUACAGUUCCACUUUAUUCCUUCAGAACAUCUCUUUAUUCCUCCCUCUUGUUUUGUCCAAGUGGCACCUUUGCAUUUGCAGCCCCUUACCCUGAACUGCUGUCGGGUUUUCCUCUUUUUUUCCCCCAAGAGCUGUUUUCCUCUUGGGACCCAUCCCAUCCCAUAGCUGCUUGUGGAGUGCUGGGCUCCAUCAGCUGCUUCUGCAGAGCAGGGAUGCCUUCUUCACUCUCCUCUCCUAAAACACUGUGGAGUAUGUUGAUGAAAAAUCACAGAUAUGCUAAAGAUGCUCUUUGUUAACGCAGUGCAGCCUGAGGUCCUCACUGCACCUCCUCACAAACGAGCAGCCAUUCCCUGAGCAGUUCCUUCAGCUUGCUUUUCUUCAAGUAUGUUCAAGAAACAUCAGGUUGUGUUUUGGCUGCUUGUGAAACGUUGGUGCUGAGUGCCUCCUGUGCACUGCAGGCAGGUCACGGUCCUGGACAGCAAUUCUAAUGAGAUGGAAAGGCCUUCCACUUGGAGGUGUUGGGUUGCAUAGAGGUGAGGACACACGCAGGCAUUGGAGCAGUGUAGCUUUGCAGGUAGCUGGCAGCUGAGAGCCUCCUGCUGCCAUGCUCUGCAGCCUGACUGCCGCCCUCGCAUUGGUCAUCCUGCACACACUGCAUGUUGCCUGACUUUUGCUUUAUGCAGAGCUGAGGUGGGGUCUUCUGUAAAGCAGGGAGGACACAGGACCUCAGAAAUAUUCCACAAACACAGCCACUGGCUUAUGUGUGGAUUAAAUAAACUUAGUAACAAGAAUGUUGGAGCUCAUGCCAAGAACUUAGCUGCUUAAGAACCCUACUUAGAAAAGUGAGCAGGGUUUUACAUAUUAAGGAAUAUGUUUGUACCUGCGUUCACUGAAACCCAUAGCUGCCUUCCAUCAUUUUUGUCUUCUUGUAUUCAGAGUCCCUGUUCCACCCGAGCUACUUCUUAUAUUUCUCAACUUGUGGUUAGUAUUUCAGGAUGAAGACACUAACAGAACUCACACCUUUUGUACUAAUAUACCUCUGGAGGAAAUGCCUUUCUCACCAGUGCUCUGUAACAGAAGAAUCAAUGGUCUGUGUUGGUCAUUAGCACUUAAAAUACCCAAACCUGACACCAACUAAUUAAAUCCUGAUAAAAGAGGUAAUCGGGAUGCAGUGCUCCUAAAGUGCUGCUCCACAGUGCAGGAGGAUGAGGUGCACAAGAGCAGCUCGCUGCUGUUCCUUCCCACAGCCGUGUGUCUGUCCUGCCUUCGUUCCUCUUCUGGGUUUGAUCAACUGUUAUGGGAUGGGGAGGAAAAAAGAUCAGGUUGACACUGAAAAUGUGGAAGGGACGCCUGCCCAAGGCACUGAGUGCUGUACCAGGAACCACAAGCACAAAAGCUGCAGAGCACCGUGUGUGUUAUCUGCUGGUGUGGUCCCGAAUCCUGUGUCUCUCUUCUCUCUUUUAGGUGCCCUUUCCCCCAGCUCCCCCCACACUUCCCUUUCAAAAUCACCUCGCGAUUCUUCCUCCUUUCCCUCCACCCUUUAUACGUUCUGGGUUUGGGAGUUUUAGCAAAGAUCCCCUCACGAAAAAGCCAAAAACCCAACGAGAGCAUUUUGGGGGAAGCUCCCAGCAGGGUAAUUCCCAACAUGACGUGCCUUAACCCUCUUUUUCUCCGGUGCUUUUUAUGUUGGGUUUUGGGUAACAGAGACACAAACGUGACGUCUUUUGCUUCGGUUAUUUUCGUGACUGCACUGUGAGCAGGAGCUCAGCUCUUGCAGGAGUCAGUGGCACUGGGACAGGACAUCUGAAGAACCUCGUGGAGCUCCUUGCCAUCUUCCUUCCCCCACCAAACCAUGCACCAUGCAGCUGUGAAACAUCGCGGCGCUUUGCUUCACUAACAGAAAGGACCCAAAUAGUGCUCUGUCAUUCUACAAGAGUUCAUCCCAGUGCUGUUGGAAGGCCAAGAGCAGGGCACUGCUGUGCUGCCCUCAGACUGUUGAUGUCCUCAGCUGCUGCAGGAGAAGCACCAGAGCUGGAACCCAGUUUGUUACUGGACUUGUGGAAGAGGAAACACAAAGACUUCCAAAUGAAUAACCGAAAGGAAGAUAUGGAGAUUGCCUCCCACUACCGGCACCUGCUUCGGGAGCUCAACGAGCAGCGGCAGCACGGCAUCCUUUGCGACGUCUGCAUCAUCGUGGAGGGGAAGAUCUUCAAGGCUCACAAAAACGUUCUGCUCGGGAGCAGUCGCUACUUCAAAACGCUGUACUGCCAGGUACAGAAAACCUCCGACCAGGCCACGGUCACCCACUUAGACAUUGUCACUGCACAAGGCUUUAAGGCAAUCAUUGACUUCAUGUAUUCUGCACACCUAGCGCUGACCAGCAGGAACGUCAUCGAGGUGAUGUCUGCUGCCAGCUACCUGCAGAUGACGGAUAUCGUGCAGGCCUGCCACAACUUCAUCAAGGCAGCUCUGGACAUAAGCAUCAAGUCAGAUGCCUCGGAUGACCUUGUGGACUACGAGCUGGGAGCCCCUUCCAGCAGCAGCACGGACGCUCUGAUCUCAGCAGUGGUGGCUGGCAGGAGCAUAUCGCCGUGGCUGGCUCGGAGGACGAGUCCAGCAAACUCUUCAGGAGAUUCUGCUAUCGCCAGCUGCCACGAAGGAGGGAGCAGUUAUGGGAAGGAGGAUCCGGAACCAAAAACUGACAGCCACGAAGACGUUUCGUCCCAGUCGCUUUGGUCUAGUGACAUGGGCUAUGGGUCUUUACGUAUCAAAGAGGAACAGGUUUCUCCCUCUCAUUAUGGAGGGAACGAACUGCAUUCUGCCAAGGAUAGUGCAAUACAGAACGCUUUCUCAGAGCAAGGAGUGGGGGAUGGCUGGCAGCCCACGGGGCGCAGGAAGAACAGGAAAAACAAAGAAACUGUGCGUCACAUUACACAGCAAGUAGAGGAUGACAGCAGAGCAAGUUCUCCAAUGCCAUCUUUUUUACCUGCCUCAGGAUGGCCGUACAGCAGUCGAGAUCCAAGUGCUGACGUGACGGCAGCAGAGCCCAGCAGCUCGGACAGCCGGGGGGAGCGGCCGGACCCGUUUGUGCACAGCGAGGAGCAGCUGCUGGGUGCUGGGGAGGGCAGCUACCUGCCGCAGCCCCCCCUGGACAGGGAGGAUGCACUGCAAGCUGCCACCGUCGCCAACCUGCGCGCAGCACUCAUGAGCAAGAACAGCUUGCUGUCGCUGAAGGCCGAUGUGCUGGGCGACGACAGCUCCCUGCUCUUCGAGUACUUACCCAAAGGCACGCACUCUCUCUCUCGGCCUGGCACCAACUGGAGUCGUUCCAGGGGCGAAAGUGAUGGCAAAGUGGAAGCUGCGUCCCCCCCGCUGCCUGCAGCACACCUUGCCACUCAGAGCCCCCCCGCCAGCUGCUCCUCUGGUGACAUGUCACCAGAAGCCACCGCGAAAGGAGAGCUGCCCUCCUCCACCCAGGCUGCUUACGAUGGGUUUCUGGCACUUUGGCCAUUUGAUAACUCUGACUCAGAUGCGUGUUUGAGGUCAGAAGGCACGGACGUAACCCACGACAGCCCAUUCCCAGACCCAGCCCUGCCCAAGGGACUGACCUGCGGCUUCUGCAGGAGGGUCUUUGAGCGUGCAGAGGAGCUGCAGGAGCACAUCCACGGGCACAUCUACCAGCACGAGGCUGCCCUCUCCCUGCUGCUCCCUCUGGAUGCCCGUACACGGCCCGGCCUGCUGGGCACCGUGCCUCCCGGCCGCUUCCAGUGCGCCCAGUGCCCCGCCAGCUUCACGCUCAAGUCCAACAUGGACCGCCACGAGAAGACCAUCCACUUCAACUUCAACGAGUUCACAGUGAUCAGGAAGAAAUUCAAGUGCCCAUACUGCAGCUUCUCUGCCAUGCAUCAGUGCAUUCUGAAGAGACACAUGCGGUCCCACACGGGAGAGCGGCCUUACCCCUGUGAGAUCUGCGGGAAGAAGUUCACGCGUCGGGAGCACAUGAAGAGGCACACGCUGGUGCACAGCAAGGACAAGAAAUACGUCUGCAAGGUGUGCAACAGGGUGUUCAUGUCUGCAGCCAGCGUGGGCAUCAAGCACGGCUCCCGGCGGCACGGCGUCUGCGCCGACUGCUCGGGGCGCAGCGUGGCCGGGCAUCUGGAGCCCAGCGGGGCCGAGGGGUCCCCCGAGGAGCUGUACCCUGGGGAGGGGGCGUACAUGGAAGACCCGGAUGACAUCAAGGUGGAGGGAGACGAGGAGACGGGAGACGACGAUGACAUCAAAUGGAAGGAUGACGUGGGCAUGGCGCACGACGACGUGAUUUUGGAUGACGACAAAGACGUCGACUCCUCGCAGGAGAACUCUGGGGAGAACGACAAGGAUUUUACCUGGAUUUCUUAGGGAUCCUUUUGUCACGUUCUGUUGUUUGUAGGGGGAGGGAGGGCAGGGGAGGAAGGAGUAUGUUGCAAAAACUACAUAGCCUUGUUGUCGUCCACGUGUGCAAAACUAUUUGUGUUUUCUAAACGAGUCCUGCUCUGUUCCACUUGGAUGUGUGUUAGCAACACGGCCCCGCCGCCUGCUGUUCCUCCUCGAUCCUGCAUGGGGAUCCUAGGGGCACGUGCCCCCGUCCCAGCCUGCAUUGAGCUCCAGGAGAUGUUGUGUCCGACGUUGGUUUUGGGUGGUGCUUAACACCUCUUCUAUGGAUUAACAUCCCAGCAGCAGUGGAAUUGCAAACUAGAGGUGGUGGGAACGAACGGGCGCACGUUUCCGAGGGCUUCCCCUAACGAUGCAGGCCUUUUGCAAGUUAUUUAAAGAGGGUUUUUAUUGUUUGUUUUUUUCUUACCGAGCCAAAUAGAUCAAAAGGCAAAUGGGAUUGCAGCCUUACGAUUCUUAUCAUAAAAGUAGAUUUUUAGCUUCCAGAAGGAUCACCAUCAAAAAAGAUGAUGGCAUUUCUAGGACCCAGCGGCGUCGUACCCGUGUCCUGUCUUCCAGCCUUGUGUCUCCGUGCCCACCGAUGGGUGCUGGCAUUUUCAAGGACUCUUUGCUAUAAGGACACAGGGAAUUGUCCACCUGUCGGCGUUUUCCACUGAUAUUUUCACUUUCCUCCCUUUGCUCAGCUGCCUUUCUCACAAAUAUAUGCAAACGGUAGAAAAAGCGAGACCUUUAGGAUGAACUGUGAAACACGGGACGCCGAGGUGAGGAGACCCAAAAUCCUGCUGGGAUCUCACCUGGGUGGGCUUCAGUCCAUCGUUGGUAGGUGUGAAAGCUAUUAAGGAAACCCUUCAAUCUCAGCUGCACUGGUUUCAUGUAAAUUUGCAAAUAAAAUGUUUUUAUGAGAA